UUAAAAGAGAUGCGAGCCGAUAACGAGCUAGUAACCGACAUUCGGGACUCGCAGAAAAACUUCCACCUGGCUUUAGCGAGAAGGAUAGACUUUGCCCCGGAUGAGGCGCGGGAAGCCACGGAGAACCUUGAGAGGAUACUCGACAGGUGGUGCGAUGAGUGUGAAGUCCGAACCCCUUUUGAUAAAGAUAGGGAGAAGGCUCGACGAGAACACGUGGGAAGAUACGAGGCGCUACCUCUGUAAAUUUUGGCCCCAUUAAAGGAGAUAAGGAAAAGGCUUAAAUUGUGGGGCCGUAACUAUUAGGUUUAAAUCUAGCCUCCCAUUGGGGUUUGAAAGCCAUAAGGGCUCACGUUUGUUUAGCUCGGUCUCUCAAUGUUG